AUGAUGCGGCAACGCGCUGUCAAGAGCGACGUGGACGACGGCGGCCUGGGCGACGGUGAGAGCGCCGUGACCCGCUCGGCGCGCCGCGUGCUGAAGAAGGUGGACGUGUACCCGAAGAUGCACCGCGAGUUCAAGGUGCAGACGGAGUUCGGCGCCACGGUGUCAAUCGUGGCGGGCAUCGUCAUGGCCAUCCUCUUCCUGUCGGAGCUGAGCGCGUACUGGAGCCUCAACACGCACGAGCACAUGGUCGUGGACUCGUCGCUGGGCGAAAAGCUGCAGGUGAACCUGGACGUGAGCUUCCUGGCCGUCAACUGCCGCGACGCGCACAUCAACGCCAUGGACGUGGCCGGCGAGCUGCAGGUCAAUAUGCACCAGACCGUCGUCAAGACGCGGCUGGACGCCGACGGCAACACCAUCGGCCGCCCCAUCUCCAUGAUCACGGACGAGGGCGCGGAGGAGCAGGCCAAGACUGCGCUGCCCGAGGGAUACUGCGGCAGCUGCCACGGGGCUCAGCACCCGGCGGGCAAAGAGUGCUGCAACACGUGCGAGGACGUGAAGGAGGCCUUCAUCUACAGCGACUUCUCGCUUGAGGACGCCGAGCAGAAGGAGCAGUGCGUGCGCGAGAUAAUGGAGGCUGAGAAGCUCGCGCAGGACGGUGAGGGAUGCCGGUUCACGGGCAAGAUGUUCGUGAACCGCGUGGCUGGCAACUUCCACGUCGCUCUCGGACGCACGUUUCACCGCCAGGGACGACUCGUGCACCAGUUCCGUCCCGGACAGGAACACACGUACAACUCGAGUCACAUCAUCCACAGCUUGUCCUUCGGCGAGCCGAUGCCAGGAGUUGCAGGGCCCCUUGACGGCGUCUCCAAGAUCGCGGAGCAAUCUGGCGGCGUGUUCCAGUACUACAUCAAGAUUGUGCCUACGAUUUACAGCGACAUCGACGAGAACACGAUUCACUCGUACCAGUUCUCCGUCACCCAGCAGGGCAACUACCUGAACCCGCGCGGUCAGAUGACGUCGCUCCCUGGCACCUUCUUCGUGUUUGACCUGUCUCCAUUCAUGGUGAAGGUGGAGAACGAUCGCAUGCCGUUCACCCACUUCCUGACCAAGGUUUGUGCCAUCGUCGGCGGAGUCAUCUCGAUCGCGGGCUUCGUGGACUCGUUCAUGUACAACUCGCUGCACGUGCGUCGUCGUGUGUCCACCAACAGCGGCGCGACCAAGUUCGGCUAA